CCGUCAUAUCUGGGCGCUUAGUCCGCAGAGAGGCAGCCUGCCGCCAGAUGCGCGCUAGCCAGCGCCUGUUAGUGGACUAGAGUGUGAAGUACAAAAAGAUGUCAUGCCCCGCUGUCCUGAGAGCUUCCGUGCUCUACCGACGCGGUCCAAAGAAGUGGGUGGAGUUGCCAGGGGCCUCAAAGUUGACGCGGGGCGACCCAGUCUCCGCAAACUUUGCCCGGAUGGCGGCGACGGUGACGGUGGAGCCCGCGGGCCGCUGCUGCUGGGACCAGCCGGUGCGCAUCGCCGUGAGCGGCCUGGCCCGGGGGCAGCCCAUCACGCUGCGCGCGUCCCUGCGCGACGAGAAGGGCGCGCGCUUCCGGGCCCACGCGCGCUACUGCGCCGACGCCCGCGGCCUGCUGGACCUGGCGCGCGCGCCCGCGCUGGGGGGCAGCUUCGCGGGGCUCGAGCCCAUGGGGCUCCUCUGGGCCCUGAAGCCCGAGAAGCCCUUGCGGCUGGUGAAGCGGGACGUGGAGACGCCCUUCGCCGUGGAGCUGGAGGUGCUGGACGGCCACGACCCAGGGACUGAGCGGCUCCUGAGCCGGACGGUGCACGAGCGCCACUUCUUGGCGCCUGGGGUGCGGCGGGAGCCGGUGCGCGCGGGCCGGGUGCGCGGCACGCUCUUCCUGCCGCCAGAACCCGGACCCUUCCCAGGAAUUGUGGAUAUUUUUGGAGCUGGAGGUGGCCUUCCAGAAUAUCGAGCUAGUCUGCUGGCUGGGAAGGGUUUUGCUGUAAUGGCUUUGGCUUAUUAUAAGUAUGAAGACCUCCCCAAAGACUUAAACAACCUUCACCUGGAAUACUUUGAAGAAGCUGUGAACUACCUGCUUAAUCACCCUCAGGUAAAGGGUCCAGGAGUUGGGCUGCUUGGAAUUUCCAAAGGGGGUGAACUCUGCCUCUCCAUGGCCUCAUUCCUGAAGGGCAUCACUGCUUGUGUCAUUAUCAAUGGCUCUGUGAUCAAUGUUGCAGGAGCCUUACACUACAAGGGUGAAAUCCUGACACCUGCACCUGUCAACCGAAAUCGAAUCAAGAUGACUAAAGAUGGCUUUUCAGACAUCUUGGAUAUCUUUAAUAAACCUUUGGAAGAAGCUGACCAGAAGAGUUUGAUUCCUGUGGAAAGGGCUGAAAGUGCCUUCCUGUUCCUUGUAGGGCAGGAUGACCACAACUGGCACAGUGAAUACUAUGCCAGUGAAGCUUCUAAGUGCUUACAGGCCUCUGGUAAAGAGAAGCCCCAGGUCAUCCUUUACCCAGGGACAGGACACUAUAUUGAGCCCCCUUACUUUCCCCUGUGCCCGGCUUCCCUGCACACCUUGGUGGACCGUCCUGUCAUCUGGGGAGGAGAGCCCAGGGCUCAUGCCAUGGCCCAGGAGGAUGCUUGGAAGAAGCUCCAGACUUUCUUUCACAUACACUUGGGUGGGAAAAAGGAGACAAUUCCAGUAAAACUGUAAUCUUUUAUUCCAGUGUGGUAUCACUGAUGCUGAUCUUUCCUGAGAACAGCUGCCACAAUUAGUGUGCAUGUGGUUUUAUUCUUUUAAAUAACUCCUUAGAGUCCCUCCCCUUGUUAAAAUGAACUUACCAAGAUUUGAACUCCUCAAGAUUUUUAGAAACUACAUACCUUUUUAGUCGUUUGGUGGGAGUGAUUCUGCAGAAAACACGAGAGAGGGAAAACCUGUAUCACAACACAACUGACAAGGCUCUAGCUCUGAAACGAAGAUUAAAACCGAUUAACAGUGUCUUGUAUUGAAUAUAUACAACUGGUGCUCAGUAAUAAUUCAUUGUUACUAUUGUGUGUUGCAUUUGUUUACAUUUAAUUUGAUUAAUAAAUAAUUACUGUGGAAGAAAAACAUGUAAUGUUAAAAAUUGUAUCAGUUUUGCAUUUCUCCUUUAAAAACGGAAAUUAAUAACAUCUUAGCUAUAAACUGUGAGAGAUGUAAAACUACUAAAAAUUUUCAAUGCAAAUACAUUCUUAGUUUGUUAUCUUCUACUUGGGUAAAUACAAGUUUCCUAGUGCAAAUAAUUUUAAGUUCUGACCUUAUUUACACAUGUGGGCCUUUAUGAGUAUGUUUCUUUGAAAUAAAACAUUUAGAUUAAUUACAAAAUGACUGUAAUAAUGAUUAAUAUGAAGAUAAAUGCUGAUUUAAUAUUUGAAUCACAUGAUAUAAGUAAUCCCACAAUAAACUU